AUGCCUUCCGAAUCAUUGUAUGGAUCACCCAAUAUGAGCGAUUCAGCGCUUUUAAUAAGUGUCGAGGACCUGAUAAACAGAGCCCUCGGUUCGCCGGAUGAAAAUACAGUAAAUUUCAAAUUGGUUCAAAUGAUUCUUCACAUCUUAGCGCGACAGCUACGUAUGCUGGAACAAAGGGUAGAGAUCAGAAGCGCGGAUUUCAAACCACAACGGUUAAAAGGCACUCCUGAAACUACCACGGAAAGUUCAUCUUCUAAGAGUCCUCGUUCACCGGUAAAACGUCGGAUGGCGGGAAUCAAAGAAGAGCGUAGUACAAAACAAGAUAAAAAAGAAAAAGAAGGCCAGAAGGACUUGGAAAGUAUUGAAAAGAAAGAGCAAAAAGGGGACCUGCAAUACAUGGGAAAGGAUAAAGAUGCAACAGAGAAACAGACUAAAAAGGAGAAAGAUAGAGCCGAGAAACAAAAGAGGCAUAAAGAAAAAGAGUUGGAAAAAGAGAAAGCAAAAGCUGAGAAGGAAAUGGAUCAUGCUGAACGAACGAAAGAAGCCAAGAAAGCAAGAGUAAUGUCAGCCACCAUUGCAAUUACAGAAGCUGAAAGGGGCAAAGAGAAAGUACUUGUAGUUGAGAAAGGUCCGAGUACCCAAACAGAGACUCGGGGUCGUGCGAAUAUAGACGUAGUCACUCAAUCACAAUUUGCUCUGCUGGAGGCUGCGGUGAAUGAUUUAAUGGAGAUAGCAGUUCCGAAACCACUCGUGCUUCCUGACAACGAGAAGCUAAAAAGCGAUCUUGCUUCAGGAAAUGCGACGCUGCCCGAAGCCAUGCAAGCUAUGCAGGUCACAGCCCGGGUGAAAGCAGCUGAAAAUGCCAUUAAUCGUAUGACCGGACUAUUGACCCAGCUCGCUGCAGCCGGUGCGUUACCUGAAGAUAUAGCUGAAAAGGUUGAUGGAGUUAAAAUUGAACCGACUAUACCCGAUGAGACAGAAAGCGUAAAACCAGAGAAAGCGAAAUCUCAUCAAUCGGUACCUUCAAGAAAAUCCGUAGCGAUCGAUCCAAAGUCGUCUCAGAUGUCACGGGCCGAUGGAAAACCUCCUAAAGCUCAUUCCGCUCCGACGACCCCUCGCCCAUCUACAGCGACUAGCAGACAGUCUGUAGCCACAAGACCUUCUAUACUAUCCAUGGGCCCCCCAAUCACUCAUGAGGAGUUGAAUUCUGCUUUGCGAGGACUAAGAGAAGAAUUGUCGAAAAACUUAGACAGUUUGACGAUGCGCGCAACGACUGCCGCCGAAAAUGCCCUCCACACUGCAAUGUCCGUGGCGGAUAAAGUGGAUGUAGCCCUGAAGCUGAACAACCGCAUCACGGUGCUGUACUCGUUGGUGGGAGAUUACUCAGACCAGCUGAGCGGUUUUGAUUCAGGAUUGACCACGCAGAUGCGAAGUUUUCAAGAGCAAAUUGUCCAGAUACAUACGGAUCUUAAGACCGGCCUCACGCAGCUGGAAAAUGUUAACAAUAACGCUGAAAAUGCGGCUCUUGUGGAGUUGACGGAACGUUACCAAGAAUUAGUGACGGAACUGGAGACCACACAGCACGCUCACAAGAAUCUCACAACUCUACACUCACAACUAGGAGGGGAGAUGCACAGCUUGGUAGAAUGCGUCGAGAUGCUGCGGGAGCAAAAAUCAGAUCGAGACGAGGUCUUAGACGGGCUUAGGGAUAAGGCGGACAUUUCGCGGCUCGCAGGUUUGUUGUCGGAAGAAGAAUUCGCAAAGGCGCGCACAGAUUUCGAGCGACGUAUUGAAUUGUGUCACGACAAAUUCCAUAAACAAGAAAUGACCUGGAUGGCAGCCAUCAAAGAUCUAGCACGCAUAACUGACGGCAAAGGGCAGAUUGUGGAUCUGCUUUCUGCACGUGAUGAGGCCCAAAAAGAACUACAACUUCUAGAAAAGAAGAUACGACUGCUGGCUACCGUGCUAGGAGAACCUAAGGCGGCGCUGCUGACGCGGCAGCUGGCGACGGACGCGCUGUGCGGCGCGUGCGGCGCGGCGGCGAGCAUGCAGGCGCGCGACGCGGUGUCCGGCCUGCCGCCGCGCCUGCCGCCCCUCACCGCGCACGUCUCCCCGCCGAUCGCCUCGCCCGCGGAAUCGCCGCCAUCCUCACCUCUCGCCUCGCCCUGCCUCGGCGACUUGGAGGAGCACGAGCCGCAGCGAGAUAGGCACAUGUGUCACCGCUGGUGUGGAGGCUCUCAUACGCUUAUUACUGAAACUACUACGAAGGAGCGCGCCUCUCCCGCGUCGCUGGAGACUGUUCCUACGAAAAAGUACACGGGAUACGGCAGCGACGGAAGGCUGUACAUGCUGGAAGAAGAACUGCGGCCUUGUAUUGAAUGCAACGUUUUCGGCGAUGACCGCGGCGCGGGGGACUCGUCGGCGCCUCCCGACGCCAUGUAG